AAUCCAAAAUAAAAGAUCUUAUCUUUUCUCCCUCGGUUCACUGUCACUUAACCAAAGCUACAACAAUGGCAGCAAAUCCUCAAUAACAAAAAAGAAAAAGAGAGUAAUGGCCAUUACUACAACAAGAUUGACGGAAAUGCCCCUCAGAACCCCACUCCCUUUCUCAUCCAAUUCCUAUUCUUCUUCUCUCAACCUUUUCUUCUCACUUCCAAAGCCUUCAUUUUGUUUCUUUACUACUUCCUCUUCUCUCCGGUCCGGAACUAAUCCGGGUUCCAUUUCGAACCGCUAUUCUCACCCGUGGUAUCAUCGCCUAUCCACCGGCGCCUCUUCUUCUUCUUCUUCCCUUCAAGCUUGGUCUUCUCCUUCUGAAAAAGUCAUCCAAUCGGACGGUAACGGUAAGGCCGAUUCUGAAACUCGGUAUCUCAAUAAAGGGCAAAGCGCUAUAGACAGAAUUGUUCUCAGGUUGCGGAACUUAGGGUUAGGAUCAGAUGACGAAGACGAAGAAGAUGACGGAACUGACGAUUAUAAUUCGACGCCGGUGACUGGAGAAGAGAGGUUAGGUGAUUUGUUGAAGAGAGAAUGGGUUCGGCCUGAUACGAGGCUGAUAGAGAAAGAAAAAGAAGAAGCUGUGCUGCCGUGGGAGCGAGAGGAGGCGGUGGUGGAGGUGGUGGUGAAGGAGGGAGGUCUACUAAAAAAGAGGACAGUCAAGGCGCCAACGUUGGCUGAGCUGACAAUUGAGGAUGAGGAGCUUAGGAGGUUGAGGAGGAUGGGGAUGCAUUUAAGGGAAAGAAUCAAUGUACCCAAGGCGGGGAUUACGAAGGUGGUUCUUGAAAAGAUUCAUGAUAAGUGGAGAAAGGAGGAGCUAGUUAGGCUUAAGUUUCAUGAAUUUCUCGCCGUCGAUAUGAGGACUGCUCAUGAGAUUGUUGAGCGUCGUACAGGAGGAUUAGUUAUAUGGAGAUCUGGAAGUGUUAUGGUGGUCUAUCGUGGGAGUAACUACGAAGGUCCUUCUAAAUCCCAAUCUGGAGAAGGAGAAGCUCUUUUUAUCCCAGAUGUUUCUUCUGCUGGCAAAAGGGAAAGUGAAACAGGAUCAGGUUCAACCUCAGAAAAAUCUGAUAAGGUUGUGGUGAAGCCAGAACGUAGUGAAAGCAUGACUGAGGAGGAAGCUGAGUAUAACAUCCUACUAGAUGGUCUAGGACCUCGAUUUGUUGAGUGGUGGGGUACAGGAAUACUUCCAGUUGAUGCUGAUUUACUUCCUCCAAAGAUACCUGGUUAUAAAACACCUUUCAGGCUUCUUCCUGCUGGAAUGAGACCACGGCUUACCAAUGCAGAGAUGACAAAUUUACGGAAAAUUGCUAAAUCACUUCCUUGUCAUUUUGCCCUGGGGAGGAAUAGAAACCACCAGGGAUUGGCAGCAGCAAUAAUUAAACUUUGGGAGAAAAGCGUCGUUGCAAAGAUUGCUGUAAAACGAGGUAUUCAGAAUACAAAUAACAAGCUUAUGGCUGAGGAGCUAAAGAACUUAACUGGAGGUGUCUUGCUGCUUAGAAACAAGUAUUUUAUUGUCAUAUACCGCGGAAAAGAUUUCCUUCCAACAAAUGUUGCAGCUGCUCUGGCAGAAAGACAAGAUUUGACAAAACAGAUACAAGAUGCUGAAGAGAAACUCCGGAUCAAAGCAGUUGAGCCAGCUCAAUCAGGUGAAGACAAAGGACAGGCACCAGCUGGUACUUUGGCUGAGUUUUAUGAGGCUCAAGCCCGCUGGGGAAGAGAUAUAUCUGCUGAAGAACGUGAAAAGAUGAUUGAAGAAGCUUCCAAAGCUAAGCACGCUAAACUUGUAAAACGCGUGGAACAUAAAUUAGCUAUUGCCCAAGCCAAAAAGCUUAGAGCAGAGAGACUACUAGCUAAAAUAGAAGCCUCCAUGAUCCCUGCUGCUCCUGAUUAUGACCAAGAAACAAUCACUGAUGAGGAACGGGUUAUGUUUCGCAGAGUUGGUUUAAGAAUGAAACCAUACUUACCUCUUGGUGUUCGUGGUGUUUUCGAUGGUGUUAUUGAAAAUAUGCAUCUGCAUUGGAAGCACCGAGAACUUGUGAAGCUAAUAUCCAAACAAAAGGUCCUUGCAUUUGUUGAAGAUUCAGCAAGGUUAUUGGAGUAUGAAAGUGGUGGGAUACUGGUGGCAAUAGAAAGGGUCCCCAAAGGAUAUGCUCUUAUCUACUAUCGUGGAAAAAAUUACCGUCGACCCAUUAGCAUAAGGCCAAGAAACCUUCUAACAAAGGCAAAGGCAUUGAAGCGCUCAGUUGCAAUGCAACGCCAUGAGGCUCUAAGUCAGCAUAUUUCUAAAUUGGAGAAUACCAUUGAGCAAAUGAAAAAGGAAAUUGAUGCUUCAGAAGAUGGUGGUGAUGAUAAUAAUAGGAGCUCAGGUGAGCAUGGCCAGUUUGAUGAUGAUAAUAAUAGGGGCUCAGGCAAGCAUGGCCAGUUUGAUCCCGUCUCGGAAUUCACCGAAAGUGAGGAUGAAGAAAACAUAGCACCUGACACUGACGAUGAAUACAAAAAUGAGUUUGAUGAUUAUGAAGAUGAUAGCGAAUUCGUUGACGACCACAAUGAAGAUGAUAGCGAAUUUGUUGAUGACGACGAUGAAGAUGAGGCUGACAACAGUGAGUGGGAAGAUGAAGAAUCUUUACAAUCAAACAUUAAAAAAUCCGAUUUACGCAGACAUUGUUGAUCAAGUUUCUAAAAAUUUUGGAGUUAACAGUUUCUCAUGUUCGCCAUAGCCCCUUGAGGUAUGUGAAGUCUCAGCCCGUGACAUGCGCAUAUUUUUACCAACGAGUAUUUUAUACAUCAUGGCUGAAUUGGGGAAGGGCUUACAUGUAUCGAGUGUCAUGGACUACCAUCAAGGGUUUUGAUGCUUUGACUAUGUGAAACAAGGUGGUUCAAUCUGGGUAGUUUUGCCAUACCAUUUUUGUAAUGUAUUUCGUUUCUCAAUUAAGGUUGGGAUACAUUUGAGAACUUAAAUUUCAAAAAUUAGUGUAACUUGUUUAAUAAAAAUACAUGUAAAUGUUGAUUAUUUUUUAGAUUUAAAGAUGUGUCUGAUGUUUUUUUA